GUCCCGCGGGAGGGAGGCGGCGGCGGCCCCGGCAGGCCCGUCCUUUCGCUUUGCCUGGCUGCGGAACGCUGCGGCCGCCAUGGCGCCGGUGGGCUGGGUGCCCGCCCCGCUGCUGCUGCUGCUGCUGGCCCUGCUGCCGGCGGGCCCAGCCCGGGGGAACGAAGGCGGCGCCGCCGGGAGCUGCAGGUGCGAGGGGCAUCGCAGCCCCCCGCAGCUCCUCACCCGCUUCGCCAGCAAGCUCCAGGCCUGCGACACCUGCGGAGACCUCGCCAGGUUCAGCUUUCCAAGUAAAGCCGUGUGCGGCCUGAAAGAAGCCCAGUGGGUCAUCGAGUUCAGAAAUGCCCACUGCCCGGAAGGAGGCCGAGAAGGCAGAGCUGCGGGGGCAGAUGCCAGCAGGGGGUUUCGCCUGCCCGCCCCCACCUCCCAAAUGGCCAUAGCUGCUCAGACCUUCCCCAGCUCAGCCCCCACCAUCCCUGAGAAGAGCACGGAGAUGCCACAGACUGCACACCCCCCCACGGAUGUGGCCUGGGCGCCUGAGAUGGCCAGGAGCACCUCCCACCCCAGUGCUGGGGCCGUUGCCAGGGAAGCCAGCCAGAGCCCCGUGGAGAUGGAAAAGGCGGCUCCAUCCCCAGAUGCCAGGGUCCCCAUCGUCUCCCUGCUCGCCAUUGCUUUGGUCUCCGUGGGAGUCACGGUCUUUGUUCUGUGCCGGAGGAGGAGACGGCAGCGCAGCAAGGCUCAGGGCCCCUGGGACCCCCCGAUUCCUCUCGGAGAGCAAGGUGAGAAGGGGAGGGGAGGGCAACCACUCCUCGCUUGCCUCUUGCCCUCCCUUGGUUGCCCCUCAUCCAUGAGCCCCAGUGCAUCUCCAGCCUGCCCCCUCAUCUAGCUGCCUCUGCUGGUGGGUUGCGCCUCUCCCGGGUCCACACUGUUCCUGUACCUCUUGAGUCUCCGAGAAGCACUGAACCUCUUCCCUCCCCCUCCCCCCCAGAGGAAGGUCCUCUCUGCCUGCCUGGGGAGAAGACUUGAAGCUGCCCCCGUGGACCACGGAAGUGGGCUGGAUGAGUGCGCCUGGGCCGAGGAGGCUGCUCGAAAGGCCCCCUGGCAGAAGAGGGGGAUGCUGCGGAGGAGCGGCACUUGAAAGACUUGCAGAUGGGUUGCGGAUGAAGCUUCUGAGGGCGGGCGGGCGGGCGGGAGCCCCCCUGACCUAGGAGCGCCCCUUCAUGCCCCUGUCAAAGCAGGCGCCCCUCCCUGCACCUGGGGCUGCGCGAUCCGUGCCCGAGGGCUCCUGGGGGCCGGGGAGCGUCCAAGAGCGCCUUCUGGUGCACUCCAGACGGGGCUGGUUCUUAAUGGUGGGGGGCAGGAGGCCUGGCAGUGGCCGAAGACCUCUCCCCACCGUGUCACUCUGGCCCCGGCACUUGCACGGAAGAAUAAACAUCGUCCCGUUUUUGUAAA